AACCUCUAUAAAUAGCUCCGAGUUGUUCAUGGCUGCUCCCCAUGCACAUACAAAGCAAACAGUGAGCAGCAAUCCGACCAUCUUCACUUCACCAAGCGAGAGAGAGAGAGAGAUUUUGAUCCACAUGGCUCCCAGCAGAGAGGCGUGCGCAGUCGCCAUGGCCAUGGCGGCGCCGUUCCUUGCGAUGGCGAGCAACGUCGGCAGCGCUGUCCCCACGGCCACAACAUGCAACGGCGGCGAGAAGCGGCGCCGGACCUCGUCCGACGCCCUCCAGCGCACCGUGUCCGACGUCUCCCACGAGCUCCACCACCCGCACGGCGCCAAGGAGAAGACGACGACGGCCGAGGAGAAGCCGCCGCAGCCGCUGCACCCCGUCCCCGAGGUGGAGGACGCCAAGUGCGAGUGCUGCGGCAUGUCGGAGGAGUGCACGCCCGAGUACAUCCGCGGCGUGCGCCGCCGGUUCGCCGGGCGCUGGGUCUGCGGCCUCUGCGCGGAGGCCGUGCGCGAGGAGGCCGGCAAGAGCGGCGGCGCGCCGCUGGAGGAGGCGCUCCGGGCGCACAUGGCCGUGUGCAAGCGCUUCAACGGCUUCGGCCGGACGCACCCGGUGCUGCACCAGGCGGAGGCCAUGCGCGAGAUCCUCAGGCGCCGGGCCAAGCUCGGCCCCAGGUCCAGGUCCAGCAUCAACCCCAGGGAGGUCGGCAGGGAGGCUGCCGCCGUGGCGAAGGCCGGCGCCGGCGCCGGCAUCGCCCGCAGCUCCAGCUGCAUGCCCUUCAUCACCGACGAGGUCAACGGCCGGGUGUCCAUCAACAGGAACUGAUUCGCGCGGUUGGUCGAUGAUUAGUUUUGAGCAUGCAACAAGCAUCUCUUUUUCGAUGUUUGAGUAGCUUGCUUGAUGCUUCAUUAGCAAUUCCUUUUUAGGCUAGAGGGUGCACGCAUGUUUACAUGCCAUUGCGGCUGUUUUUUUGCUGCACUUCUAGCUUGACCUGUGCUGUAGUAGUCUAUGGUCAUGCUUAGUUUGGUUUUGUUCAUGCAACCUCUCGGUUGUAUGGAGACUAUGUAUCGAGGGUGUUUCAGGGUUCAGUUCCGAUCCAGCCAGCUGACUUGUCAGUGGAUGGACAUCCUCUAUGCCCUAUGGUAGCGUCAGUUUGUUUUUGGACGGGGCUUGCUUGGCACUCUUAUGGUGUAGUGUAUUUGCAUCACACCCUGGGAGGGUUGAAGCCCUGUCUUUGGUCAAUUCCAGCCCCAAUUUUAUUGGGCACGAUGUAACGAAGGAUUGUAGUCCUGACCUUCAAAGCUAUAAAUAAAUGUAAUGAUGUGUGGAUAUUGGUGC